AUGCAGACGUCUGUGCGCACGCCCAAGGCGCCGGACGCUGCCCAGGUGCAGGCGUGGCUGGCGCGGCAGAAAAAACUUUUGGAGAAGGAGAGAGAAGAGGAGCGCGAGCAGAGUGCUCUUCUCCUGUCCAAAUGUGCACCACGACUGCUGGAGAGGAAUGGACUUGCGCUGCUAGGCUUGCAGGCCAGCGCCGUGCGCGUAGGCCAAGGAGCCAAGCUGCUCGUCGAUCUGGAGCGAUCGGCAGCGCUGCAUACCCAGACGCAGUUUCCACCACACACGCUGCGCCCUGGUGACGUUGUCGUGAUCGAGGACAACGCGGAGGCGAAAAAAGGCAAGAGCAAGGAGGUCCAAGGCGAUCGCGGCGUAGUGUUUCGUGUGAACGAGAACCAAAUUACCGUUGCACUGGACGACAAACAAGGUGGCGGGAAAGAGCAAGGCGACGAUGCGGGCACUGACGUCGCUCUUCCGCCGGUGGUCCGUGUCGUAAAGUUGGUCAACGAAGUGACGUACGAUCGCAUGGAGCAAACGCUCACGUCCCUCGCCAAGAUGCUCGGCUUUGAGAAUGGCCAGGGAAGCUUGGAAAGUGCGCCGCCAGUAGUCCGCACCGUCCUGGGCCUCGCCCCCCCGACGUGGUCGCAAGAGAACGUCGACUGGACGCCGCUGAACCCACGCUUUAACGAGACCCAGCGUGCUGCACUCGAGUUUGCACAGCGUACCAACCAAGUGACACUCAUUCAUGGGCCGCCUGGUACAGGCAAGACGACCGUCAUUGCCGAGCUGGUUGUCCAGCUUGCCAAAAAGCACCCCAAUGCACGCAUCCUGGUCUGUGGCGCAAGCAACUUGGCCGUCGACAAUCUCCUGGAGCGCGUCCUUACCACACCUGGCUACAAAGAGGCACUACAAGCUGCUGACGCGCGUGUCACCCGUAUAGGUCACCCCGCGCGCGUCUUGGCGAGCCUCAGUGGCGCUACUUUAGACGCACAGACCACGCUGUCGUCCGAAGGCCAGCUCGUGCGCGAGGUUGCGCAAGAGAUCGACGAUCUCAUGUCGACGCUCUCGCCUCAGAGAGGUGCACCGCGUGCAGGCAACAAGAGCGCACGUACUGCACCCCGCCCAAAAGGCGCCGAGCGCCGCAAAAUGUGGGAGCAAGUGCGUGAGCUGCGCAAAGAGUACCGGAAGCGCGAGCGUGCCUUGACCGGCACGGUCCUGCACCGUGCACGGAUUGUCAUGUCGACGUGCCAUGGUGCAGGCAGCCGGCAACUGCAAAGUACGCAAUUCGACUAUGUCGUGAUUGACGAGGCGUGUCAGGCGCUCGAGGCGACGUGCUGGACCGCGAUUCUCAAACUUACCGAGCACGGACGCCUAUUCCUCGCGGGCGACCACUUGCAGCUCCCUCCGACUGUCAAGGCGACUGCGCCUGUGCAAGAAAAGGUCUCGGAGAAAGAAAAAGAGAUGGCGCUGCGUCCUCCGGCGAGUCUUGAAACGACUCUCUUUGACCGGCUGCUCGAAAUGUAUGGCGAUGGGUGCAAAGCGCUGCUUAGCAUGCAGUACCGCAUGAAUACCGAGAUCAUGGCCUUCCCCAACGAGGCGCUGUACGAGUCGCGUCUGACGGCGCACGAAAGCAAUGCAUCGAUUCGGAUGCACGACCUCGAGUCUGUGGCGCAGCCGAAUGAAGGCGAGGAGGAUGAUGAACUCUGGACCGCCCCCCUGGUCUUUUAUGAUACCACUGGCACUGGGAUGCUGGAGCGCGUUGCGGAUGAGGAUGAGAGCCAAGGCUCACUCCUCCAGUCCACGUCGCGCUGCAAUGAAAACGAGGCGAUGUUGGUAGAGCGCCACAUUGCGCUGCUUGUCGAACACGGGGUCCCCUUGUCUUCGAUUGCGGUCCUCUCGCCCUAUGCGUCGCAAGUGGACCUGCUGAGCACGCAGCUGCGUCGCGUCUAUGGCCCUGAGAUUGAGGUGGGCACGGUCGAUGGCAUGCAAGGCCGUGAAAAAGAGGUGGUGAUCAUCUCUCUGGUGCGUUCCAACGAGGCGCACGAGAUUGGGUUUUUGAGCGAAAAGCGCCGCAUGAACGUGGCAAUGACCCGUGCCAAGCGGCAGCUUGUCGUGGUCGGCGACGCGGACACGAUUGUGGGAAGUUCCCAAGAUAACUCGGUUUCGCGGACCUAUUUGCGUGCAUGGAUCGAGCAUUUGCACUCGAACGCGCUCGUCGAGAUGAAUCCUACAUAG